CACGAGUCAAGCGCCGGAAACCAUUAGGCUAGUGACGCUGGAAAAGGGCCGGUGAGAGGCCCUAGCCCGGCAUUCUCGACCUCAAAUGCAACUGCCGAUCGGAACGCACCCGCUCUCCAGCUGGACCGCCCCCAGGCGGGAUCGGCAAAAGCGGUCGUCGCCAUGUAGAUAUCAUCGGCCCAAGUAUCCCUUCUCGCUUCUGUCCUUCUCUCCUGCGCGAUUUAGCUCUACUAUAGCCUGUCAGUUGGGACCCCUUGGAGCAAGCGGAUCGAGCAUCUCAAUAUCUUCAGUCCACCCCUGCACUGUUCGGAUAGAGCCAGCAUGGAUACAAAAGAGGAGGUCACAAACGUGGAAAACGUUGCCAAUCCUUCGGCACACAGAUCCCACGAUGUUGAUGCCCACAUCGUCCCUCUCGAGCAAGAAGCCUACGAAGACGUGACGCAUAUCAACCUGACAUGGAGGUCAUGGCUCGUAGUCUUCAUCACCGCCUGGGCCAUCAUGGCUCAAGUGUUCGUCGUCACGGCAGCGGGCACUGUCAUAGCAUUUAUCAUCCGCGAUCUAGGCGAACCUGCAAUAGCAGGGUGGAUUAUACAGGGUCCUCUCCUUAUGCAAUCCGUGCUGUCUCCCCUCGUGGGCCGCCUCUCUGAUGUGCUCGAUCGCAAACUAUUUGCCUCAAUUCCGCCUUUAGUCGCCUUUGCCGGUAGCAUCGUCUGUGCCAAAGCUACGGAUAUGAACACGCUCAUCGGAGGUGGCAUUCUGAUUGGCGUUACUCUUUCUACGAUAUCGAUCGUUCAAGCUAUUCCCUCGGAAAUCCUGCCACUAAAAUAUAGGGCGCUAGCGAACUGGUUUUCUUACAUGGGUGGCGCAAUCGGCGGACUCGUCGGUGGUCUGGGAGCAGGGGCCGUCACGAAUGUCAAUCCCUCAGGCUGGCGAAAUAUAUUCUGGAUUCAGGCAGCAUUCCAUGGUUUCACCUCAGUCGGCCUACUAGCCUUCUACUGGCCCAAGAAACGCACCGAUUAUCCAAAGAUGAGCUUUAAAGAGUGGACCUGGGCCUGUGAUCCUAUUGGCAGCCUCCUGUUUAUCGCUAGCGCUACCCUUAUGCUUCUUGCCCUAAAUUGGGCAGGGGGAACAUACGCAUGGAGUGAUCCCCAUGUAUGCGCGAACUUGGUGGUAGGAAUUGUCUUGCUUAUUGCAUUCGGCGUAUACGAGUGGAAGGGGCGAACGGACGGUAUGGUGGCCCACGUGUUCUUCAGUAACGGCCCUAACUUCUGGUUGGCGACAUUUGCUUUUGCGGUCGAGGGAUGGAUCUUCUACUCUGCAGUAAACUCCAUCACGCCCCAGAUCAUUUUGAACCUGGGAUUUGAGGACAAUUCCUGGUCCAUCGCUAUCCGCCAACUGGCAUUCCAGAUCCCUAGCAUCGCGUUCUCAAUGGUCGUCACCUGGUGGGCGACGAGAUUCAAGGACCUGAAGUCGCCUUUGAUCGCUACAUUCGGAGUCUUUCUCAUAGUAACAAUAUGUUACGCCUGCAUCCGCCCCGCUUGGUCGACCCCCCAGAUCGUCUUCGCAGUCUUGGCUGGCAUCGGCCAAUCUGGGCCUCUGACGCUUCUUGUAGCUUGUGUCCAAUUUACAGCACCUCACGCUUUUUUAUCUACUGCGACGGGAUUAGCAUUCUCAGCUCGAGCCAUCGGUGGCGCAUUCGGCUCAGCGGUCAUCAACGCCAUCAUCAACGGCCGCCUCAACUCGCACUACGCUUCCGACGUCAGCUCCGCAGCCGUCGCCGCUGGUCUCCCUGCAUCUUCCGUUUCCUCCCUUCUCGAAGCGAUGAGCGAAGGAACGGCGUCCACUGUCCGAGGUCAGGGCAUCGCGGGUGCGAAUGAGGGCAUAAUGAGAGCAGCUUGGGAGGCAAGCUACCGGUCUUAUGCGAAAGCGUAUGGACUGGGCUGGUGGAGCAUUGUUCCAUUCGUGGUGCUGGCGACUGUGGGUGUAGGGUGCAUGAGAGGUGUGAAGGAGUUGAUGACGGAGAAGGUCGAGGCUACUGUUGAGAGGAGCAGCGAUGAAACAGCGCCGGAGAAGAGCACGGCGUAAAAACGAGUGCAUUGCUAUAUGGUUGGGGAGUGCUCAACCCGCUAAUGGUAAGCGGCUUUGAAGCUGGAAGGAGUGGUGAUAGAUUCGAGCAAUUCGACCGUCUCUCACCUGCAG